CUAGUUCAGUUGGUGAAGAGUGACUUGAGUGAGAGGUUGGACCUUUGGAGCUGCGAGCAAGAAGAAGACGAAGAUGAACACAGACAUCACAGCAUCGGCGAAACCAGAGUACCCAGUAAUAGAUCGAAACCCUCCCUUCACCAAAACAGUCACUAACUUCAACACCCUCGAUUACCUUCGUCUCGUCACCAUUGCCGGCGUCUCCGUCACCGUCGGCUACCUCUCAGGAAUAAAGCCGAACAUAAGAGGUCCUUCAAUGGUGACUGGGGGACUGAUUGGUGUAAUGGGCGGGUUCAUGUACGCCUACCAGAACUCUGCUGGGAGAUUAAUGGGUUUCUUCCCUAACGACGGAGAGGGUACUCUUUUGUUCAUUAAUCCUCUGAAAUGCUUUUGGGUCCAAGUGUGAUAUUGAAGUAAGGAAAUCUUGAUUACUUGUGAGUAUGGUUUGGGUAUGUCACACAUUAUUCAUAUCCUCGACCUCCUCAAGAAUCAAGUAGUUACUACAAGGAUUGUUUAACUUGAGUUUUUAGCUACUUUUCCUGGUAGCGUUGAGAUUUUGUAUAUUGAAUUGAUCAAAUAUUCUUCUCAAGAAUUCGUAGUUGCAUAAGAACUCGUGAUGAAAGCAAAACCGUCACAUCAUCAUUUUAAAUGUCAGGACAAUGAAAGUAGGUCAGGCUUUGCAUAAUUAAAGAUUGCUUUUUCUUCCUUCAGUAAAUUAAGUUUUAUUAACAAAACAAUGCAGUGAGCAUGGAUUAAAGACUGUUGAUAUAGUUAACAGACAUGAAAUCCUUUUUUUUUAUUUUGCUGGAAUUUUGAUGAUAAAACCCCCACAAAAGGCCUGGGCAUGAAAGGGAAGCAUUGUUCUACCUCUGUUUAUCUUCUCUAGCCAUUUCACCCUAGAAAUUUGAUAAUCUGAAAGACAGAAAAUAUUGGAGAUCAUGUAUAAAAGAUACAUGGUUGAUGGUGGUCCAGAUUGACUCGAGGAUACUUAGCUGGGGUAGACCCCUUGCUAAGUACAUGCCGCUCGCGGUGCAUGGCUUGUAAAGUGUUUUUAUAAGGCAUGGUGGGGCUCUCACGUUUGUGCCAAUUGGGUCCACAAACUAGACAUGACUUGAAUUAAAUAAAAUAAAAUAAAUUUGAUAAAAUAAAAUAAAUAAAAAUACAUCUAAAAAAAUCAAGGAUUUACAUAAACAUGGAUUUAAAAUAUCAAUGGGUAGAAUUCUUAGCAAUGCAGUUACAAGUACUCGAUGAAUGAAAUAGAUAAGUAAACCUGGAAUGUGUCAUGCAUGUGGUGAAGUGUACUUCAAUUACUUUCAUUAAUUGUAGAGGAGAUUCUGAGUAAAAUUUUGAGAAUGGUAGGAACAACAUUUAAUAUUAAAUUAUGGAACUACGACAUGAUCUACUGAGGUUGGAUGUGUUUCUUAAUCCUUAAUGUUCAUUAUGUGAGGUUAGAGACUACUUGCUAUUUAGAAUUUGAAUGUGUUCCCUACCUACUAAUGAGAUGAUGAAUGUUAAGAGGUUGGAUGUGUUCUCUACAUAUGUUGAGAGGAUGCAUACGUUCCUUACCUAAUAAUAGAAUGUUUGAAGUGUCUAUUACCAAAUAAUGAAUCACAUUCCCUGUAUAAGGAAUUAAAAAGAAUAGAAUAUUAAAUAAUUACAUCCACUGAGGUUUUACUGCACCAUAUAGAGCUAAAAGGAUUGAAUAGUUGUCCCCAUUUCAGCAAAGCUAGCUUUCUCCCCCUCUCAAUUCAAUGAAUAUGAAUGAAAAACCUGGUCUUCAGAGAGCUGUUGAAGUGUUGAAAUGUUACAAAUACAGGAUUGGCUUCAGUGGAGAUUUUGUUUUUUUGUUCUUUUGGAAAGGCUUCAGUAAAGAUUUUGGCCACUACUUGGCCGCAUCAUUCCCUGGUUUCAGCAAAACAGACAAAAAUGGAGAAUUUAAAGGAUUUUGUUCUCUACCUACAGUACAUUAAAGGCCAAGAUGGAGGUGAUAGACCUUCCCAUAAAAGCACAAGAUGAUAGGGAAACCAACUCAAUAAUAGAUUAACUUCCAAGACUCUUAAUCCUUCUCUGUACUUGUUUGAUCAUUUGAUCAAUUUUUUUAUAUUUCCAGUGUCUUCUUUGUAGGGUUAAAAAAUUGACCUUACAAUCUCAAGCAUCUUACCAUUGUUAAGUUGCAUUAUAGAGGUGUAUGUGUGUCCAACGGUCAGGGUUACGAGGCAUGAUUAGGUCCGUCAAUCCUUAGGGGACCAUCAAGACAACAUCUCUCUUUGGAGUUUACUUAGCCAAAUUGCUUUGCAUGCACCAAGUUCUGUAGCUGCAAGCUGGAGGACAAUCAUGGGUUGUUUGUCCUUGUUUCCUCACAAAGCGAACAAUCGAGGCAUUCUUUUUUGUUGGUUUGGGAUGGUAAAAUGAGGAAAUCUUCUCUUUACUGAACAGUAAUGUUUCUACUGCACUUUUACUGACUGUAGAGACUUGAGUGUUUGUUAAAUCAUGUAUCAUUUAUGA